UGCCCUUCCAACGUUCUCCCUCCUUUAACUAUAUGUUUUGGUUUUUUUCUCGUCUCGUAUCUCGUUCACACCAUGAUAUAAUUAACAUGGUUCACACAUCUGAAGUUUAAUUUUUACACUUUACCUCUCUGGUUGUGCACUUGUUCCUCUGUCAUUAUAAGUCCUACGAGUCACGGCGUCGUCGUCGCCAUCGAUACCACCUGGUCAGAGAGAAAGAGAGUAUAUACGACAAGAGUAUAGAAAACCGCAUCGUCUACUCCGAGUCGGGCAACAAAUAAUGCCCCUUAGCUGCAUAACACUGUUGAUGUCAUUGAAGAGCACGUAAGAACUAAAAGUGUGCAACAAAUGGACGGUCCAUCAUCAAAUAAUUUGCGAAGACCUACAACUUCACCAUAUAUCAAAAUCGUCGAACAGCCUGCUUCAAAAGCAUUAAAGUUUAGAUAUGAGUGUGAAGGUAGAUCAGCCGGAAGUAUACCUGGAGUUAAUAGUACCACUGAAAAUAAAACCUACCCUACAAUUCAAAUAGUAGGUUAUAAAGGCAGGGUUGAUGUUGUAGUAUCAUGUGUUACAAAAGAUAUACCAUAUAUAUCUCACCCUCAUAACCUUGUGGGACGUGAUUGCAAUAAAGGAAUUUGUAUUAAAGAAAUUAAUAAUGAAUCAAUGGUGGCAAGUUUUAAAAAAUUGGGAAUACAAUGUGUAAGAAGAAAAGAUAUUGUCAAAGCACUCGAAUUACGAGAAGAAAUAAGAGUAGAUCCAUUUAGAACUGGAUUUUCACAUAAAGAGAACCCAACUUCAAUAGACUUAAAUGCAGUAAGGUUGUGUUUUCAAGCUUUUAUUAGCGGUACACGCAAAGGAGAAUAUAGUAUUCUUGAACCAAUUGUAUCAGAUACAAUUUAUGAUAAAAAAAUAUUUGAUUGCGGUUUUCGGUUACCUAUACCCGUGAACUUGUCUGUGUUAAUUGAAGCGAUGUCGGAUCUAUCGAUAUGUAGAUUAAGUGAUGCAGCAGCUUCGGUUGUAGGUGAUAAAGAAAUCAUAUUAUUAUGUGAAAAAGUAACAAAAGAUGAUAUCCAAGUAAGAUUUUUUGAGGAAAACGACGGUAAGUGCAUUUGGGAAGACUAUGGUGUUUUUAAAGCUUCAGAUGUACAUAAACAAGUGGCUAUUUGGUUUAAGACUCCAAAAUAUAAAACAACAGAGAUUGACAAUCCAGUUAAUGUAUGGAUUCAUUUAGAAAGACCUUCGGAUGGCAUGUGUAGUAACGCUCUCCCAUUUACGUUCACUCCGGAUUAUUCAGAUCCACCCAUGUUGAAAAGGAAAAGACAGAAAUUAUCUAGCGAAAGUGAACUUUUGAAUAAAUUACAGAGUACCUCUAUUAUUCAGUCAUCUAAUUGCAUUGUUGGAAUGGUUGACAAAUUGUCAAUUUCUGAACCAAUUACAGAAGAACCAGAAACUAGUUCUAAUCCCUAUAGUGGUUUAUAUCCUAAUUCGAGUGUUCUUCAACAUGAAAAUCAAUUCCCAAACGUAAAUUCUACCUCAUUGUAUGGGCCGACUACUACAUUACUGAAUACCAAUAAUCGACAACAUACAGAUUAUAAUGAUUUAAGAACCUUGUUUGGAGAGUCCAAUCAAGAAAUAGAUGCCCAAGACAAUAUAAAUGUGUCUGACAGUUUUGAUCGAAUUGCUGAUAACACUCUUAAAGAAUUCUUUCAGUCAUCUAAUUGCAUUGUUGAAAUGGUUGACAAAUUGUCAAUUUCUGAACCAAUUACAGAAUAUCCAGAAACUAGUCCUAAUCCCUAUAGUGGUUUAUAUCCUAAUUCGAGUGUUCUUCAACAUGAAAAUCAAUUCCCAAACGUAAAUUCUACCUCAUUGUACGGGCCGACUACAUUACUAAAUACCAAUAAUCGACAACUUACAGGAAUUCAAAAUUUUGCGUACACUAUUACAAAUGUAUGUCCUACAGUUAAUAAUAAUGAUCCAACACCUCAAAAUAAUUAUGCUCCACCAACUACAACACCUUUACCAUACUCAGCAGAAAGCAAUAAUGAGUCUGAUCUUACGGAAACUUCAUUCUCAUGUUAAGAUUAUAAUGACUUAAGAACCUUGUUUGGAGAUUCCAAUCAAAAAAUAGAAGCUCAAGACAAUAUAAAUGUGUCUGACAGUUUUGAUCGAAUUGCUGAUAACACUCUUAAAGAAUUCUAUGAGUUUUACACAAACUGUAAUUAAUUGUUGUUAGUUAAAAAUAUCUAAUUUAUGAUUAGGUAAAAUAUUAUAUAUAAUAUACACUGUUUUUCUUUUUACAAUAUUUCUAUACAGAUUUUAUCCAUUUGACAUAUUUUUUUGGAAAUAAACAAUCAAAUGUUUGCAAUUGAAGAAUGGACGUCUGUUGAAAAUAUUAUAUAAAAUAAAAUUUUGACCAAUCCAAA